GCGUAAGCUGCCUAAGUGCAUGCACCUGGAAUCGAGACCCUGGCUAUUCUGAGAGCGGCUAUGGCAGACCGAGACGACCUGCGUGGCUACAGGCCAAGGUACAUGAAGUACUCUUGGAUGUGGGAGCGAGAGGAUGAAAAGGGUACCUUGGUGGAGGCCGUGCUGUCCUACGGGAAGCCUGAAGGGGAAGUGAGAUUAAAGAUUAAUGUGUGCGGCCAUAAGGAACAGGAAAUGAGAAGGGAUGAGAGGUUACAGGCUGCCAUUACCAAGGCGCGUAACAGGGCAGAGCGGAGGUGCAGACGGGAUGGAGUAACUGCGGGUAUGAGGGUGACCGUUACUUAUCACGAGGACGACUCUUCGAUCGGGACCACGACCAGGGAAGUGCAGCGCGUCGACCGGGACUCCGAAGCCUUAGAAGACUUGGAGAGUGAGUGGUCAAACAAGGACCCUCGCGAGUCUUGGGUGGCGCUGAGGAAAGGUCCUAGAGGGGAACAUUUCGUGGUGGAAGUCGAUGUAGGAGGCCGCAAAUGUGGUGCCUUCAUAGACAUAGGCUCCACGCGGAAUUACAUAAGUCGCGACUGUUUGGAAAGGCUGCACCUACAGGACCGGGUACGGCACCCUAGUAGACCUGUAGCAUCUACUUUGGCCAAGAAGGAGCGCAUGAUUGUAACAGACUACAUCAAGGACGUAGUCUGUACCUUCUCCUAUGGAGGAGGUGAGCUUAACCAUAAGAUCUCGUUCUUGGUUAGCGACGACUUGCCAUUCGAAAUGUUGUUAGGCAUGUACUACCUCGAAGUCGCUAAGCCCCAAUUUGACUGGGAGAAGAAGGUGCUCAAGCAUAAGUUGCCCGAUGGCCGAACUGUUAGAUUGACGAAGUUCAAGGCCAAUAGUAUUAUAGAUACCUAUGGCUGCUUGUGCGCAUCAGCGUUCUACAACUACUAUAAGCAGAACCAAGAGGAGGGUAUGUACCUUGUUUAUGUCUUAGAGAAGGGGAAGGCUGUUAAAACACCCCCGGAGAUAGAACGCGUCGUUGCUAAGUUCCCUGAUCUGUUCGAGGAGCCCACAGGAGAUGUGGAAAGGGAAGUUGUCCACGCUAUAGAAAUCACUCCAGGGAGACAGAGUGUCUCCAUGGAUUUCAUGGACACCCUGGUGACUAGUAAGAGUGGCAAGAGGCACAUCUUCGUCAUCAUCGACCGAUUCACCAAGUACGCUAGACUAGUGGCUAUGCUAGAGACCGCAAGAACUGACUUCAUCAUCAAGUUGUUCAAAGACAACUGGGUACGCCGCCGCCACAGCGGCUUAUUUCAGGUUCUGCGGCUUCGGGACGAUUUAUUUUCAAGUCUGGAGACUGCCGCGGUGGUCUGUCUCAGGCCCGGAACUUGGACGGCAGGUUAUUCCAGGUCCGGUGCUAUCACAGCGCAGCGGCUUCCUGUUGAACCGCUGGAUUGGGCUGGACAGUAUUACUACUCCAGCGAACCCUUAAAGGAGUCUGAAGAAGAACUCGACGUGUUCAUUGCAAAAUUGGCCACUGUGACAGACACUGUUGAACGAAAUCUGAUGUUGGAGGAGAAAAGGGCGGAGCUGAACAUUAAGUUGUUAACAGCCAGGAGACAAGAAGUGGAAGAAAAGAAGAGGCUGCAGGCAGAAGGGGAAAAACUACAGAAAGCUUUAGAAGAGCAAAAAGACAAACCCUCUGCAACAGAAAAACAACUUGCUCUCCUCAGAGAGGCUGUCCUCAAUACAAGGCAGGACAUGGUAUUGAUGUGUCAGAACUUGCAAAGGGUAGAGACACAUAGGGUGGAGUUCGAAACCGUCUGGAACAACUUCCUAGAGAAGUCAUCUAAAGAUGUUGACCAACAUGUGCAAACAUACAUUAGGGCCUUGGAUGAGCAUGUCACUAAGACCUUCACUCCGGAGGUUAUAGACAAGAUUGUAAAAGGAGCUGGAGGCGGAGGAGGAGAUGGUGAUGACGAUGGCGAUGAUGACAAGAAGGGGAAAAGAGAUGGGGAUCCAAAAGGAAAGCUUCCACAGGAAACAGGGCAGGUCAGUAAGAUUAAACUCAAACUGUCGUGGACCUACAAUGGAAAGAAGGAAGAAAGUGUUCUGCAUUGGGCGGCAGCAAUCGAAACGUAUGUGUAUGGACAGCGAAGUCCAUACUGGGACAGGGUUUUAAUGGCCACUUCAUGCAUGGGAGGCGACGCCAUGAGCUUCGCCAUCUCGCUGCAAAAGGAGGCGGGAUGUAGCUCAAUGGUAGAGUUCUCGCAACAGACUCGAAUCGAAGACUUUCUCAAAGCAAUUAGAGAAAGACCCAUUGAUCGAUUAAACCCGGAUCAAGUGCAUAAGCUUCCUCUAGGAACUAGUGAAUUCGCGAUCCAAUACCAGAAAGAUAUUGCGAAGGUAAAGGAGAACAUAAUCAAAGCACAACAUCAGAUGAUUGAGCAGGCGAAUAAGCAUAGACGACCGUCUCAAUUUGCUGUAGGAGACCUAGUUUGGGUGAAGUCUAAAGAGUUUGCUCCUGAAGAGAACAUUUCUCAGAAGCUUCUACCCGCCUACAGAGGGCCUUGGCAAGUUUUAGACGUAAUUGGUGAUGUGGAUGGUCCUUCAUAUGUCAUUGAGAUUCUACAUCUGCACACUUAUCCAGUGUUCCACGCAUCCAAGCUCUUCCCUUGUGUAACGAAUGAACUCUUUCCAAGUCACCGAUCAGCCAUUCCUCCAAGUAUGGAUGGAAAGUAUGAUGUGGACAAGAUUGUUGCAGAAAAUACUUUUCAUAUUGGUCGUAGAGGCAGACCACAACGUCAAUUUAAGGUGAGGUUUGCAUACCAGGAUCCUAGUGAAGAUUGCUGGUUCACAAGAGAGGAAUUGUUAGAUUCUGCAUCUCAUAUUGUGUCUGCAUAUGAAAGAGGAAAAAGAGGAAUUCAUAUCAUUGAUAGGUAAAUGAUUCUCAGAGGACUUCGAAACUAGGCCGACGAGAGUAAAAGGGCCUUUUACCCGAUACAGGCCUCAUGAAAGUAAAGCAGCGUGAAAGGGUAUCUCGCCAGGACCCAGAAACGUGAAAGCAGGUCAAAGGUCAAGUUCUCUAGCAAGGGGCACAUCCUAAACUAAAGUAAAGGUCAUUGCWGCAAGACCAGGARAUGCACMCAUSAUGUCUGUUCARAUAAGGGUAUGUCUGUACGUGCAGUCAGUCUGUYUGUUCGUGCAAAAGGAAGUGUCUAUUCGCACAAUGUGAGUGUCUGUUCAGGCAGURAGUGUGUCUGUUCAUCUAAGUUGUGCCUGUCCGAAAGUAAAGCCAAUAAACAGAG